CAUUGGUUCGCCGGCGGCUGCUCGAUUCCCACGUUUCUUCUUGCUCCCGAUCCGAAACCACGGAGAAAAUGUUACUUUUUAAGGAAGCAACAUGCAAUAUUCAACGAUUAAAAUAUUGCUGUAGAUUGCUGAAAUUCCAUGAAAUUCCAACACGUUAUAAAAGUGGGAGAUACAGUGACACGUUGAAUUUGCCGAACACUUCUUUUGAGCUGUGGGGUGCAGCAAACAGGGAGCAGUCAGUUCAAACGGCUUGUGGAUUUGAAGAGCUUUACUCAUGGCAGAGGAAUGUAUCUCGGGAUAAACACUUCACAUUACAUGACGGCCCACCCUAUGCGAAUGGAGACGUGCAUGUUGGUCAUGCAUUAAAUAAAAUUCUCAAAGACAUCAUCAACCGUUACAAGCUGAUGAAAGGUUACAAGGUUCACUAUGUGCCUGGAUGGGACUGUCAUGGUCUACCCAUUGAACUCAAAGCACUUACCGAAUCCAAAGAAGAUUUCAGAAAGCUUUCUGCUUCAAAGAUCAGGUCUCGAGCUAGAAAAUUUGCAUUGAAAGCCAUUGAAAGUCAGAUGACAGCAUUCAAACGAUGGGGUAUCAUGGCUGACUGGGAUAAUUGCUAUUACACCUUUGACAAAGAAUAUGAAGCUUCGCAACUCCAACUCUUCCUUGACAUGUAUGAAAAGGGAUUUAUCUAUAGAGAUGUUAAACCUGUUAAUUGGUCUCCUUCAUCAAGAACUGCUUUAGCUGAAGCCGAAUUGGAAUACAACCCUCAUCAUAUAUCACCGGCAAUCUAUGUCAAAUUUUACGUUCAUUCUCCUUCAGCUAUGCUGUCAGAUGCAUUAGGCAACACUGACAGUGUAGCUGUGGUUAUAUGGACGACAACUCCUUGGACUAUUCCAGCCAAUCAGGCGGUCUGUUACAUGGCAGACAAAGACUACUGCUUGUUGGAAUGCAAGGGCACUGGUGAUAGGCUGAUCAUCGCUUCUGAAAGAGUGGAAGAUCUGAAAGAAGUUUGGGGAAUGGAUCUCAGAAUCAUUAUCACAUUCUCAGGAAGAUGCCUUGAAGGUUGUACCCUUCAUCAUCCCUUAGAUCAAUGUCAUCAUGUACCACUACUUCCUGCUAACCAUGUCAAGAUGGGUUUGGGUACCGGUCUGGUCCAUACCGCCCCUGCACAUGGUGCCGAGGACUACGGUGUAGCAAUACAGCACAAUCUCAAAGUGACGUGUAAUGUUGACAGUGAGGGGUUCUAUACGGAUGAUGUCAGAGAUGAGCUGAGAGGAAAAAAUGUUCUUCUUGAUGCAAAUCAAACAGUAAUUGACAUGUUGACAUCGAGCAAUCAUCUUCUUCAUCAAGAGAGCUAUGAGCAUAGCUAUCCUUCCGAUUGGAGAACGAAGAAACCUAUUAUUAUCAGGGCCAGUAAACAAUGGUUUAUCAAUACUGCUAGUCUCAGAGAUAAAGCCUCAGAUUGCCUUGAUGAUGUUGACAUGAGACCAGCGUACGGAAGAGCGACUAUGAGAACUCAGCUAGCUGCUAGGACCUUCUGGUGCAUCUCACGCCAGAGAGUAUGGGGCGUACCAAUCCCUGUUAUCUACAAUAAACAUACAGAUGAACCUAUACUAAACAAAGAAUUAGUGAAUCAUGUGACUGAUCUGGUGAAGUGUCAUGGGAGCGAUUGCUGGUGGAUGCUAAGCAAGGAUCAAAUCGUUCCACAAAAUGUUUUAAAUCAGUAUAAUCUAUGUCUUGAUGAUGUGGUACUUGGUGAUGAUAUCCUGGACAUCUGGUUUGACAGUGGUGCAUCGUGGUCGCAUGUUUUAAAAGAUGCAGGUUACAAAGCUGAUGUUUAUAUGGAGGGAGAAGAUCAGUAUGGAGCGUGGUUCCAGACCAGUUUACUCACCAGUAUAGCUUCACAAGGUACUGCUCCAUACAGGUCUAUUUUGGUGCAUGGGUUUGCCUUGGAUGGCGAGGGACGUAAAAUGUCAAAAUCUCUCGGGAACGUCGUCGACCCAGAUAUCAUCGUCCGUGGUGGAAAGAACAAAAAGAAGGAGCCGGCGUACGGAGCUGACGUCUUAAGAUGGCGGAUGGCAGACUCUGACUGGAUGGGUCGUAUCAACGUCAGCCCCGAUCUCUUUGCGAUGACCAACCAGAACAUCAUAAAGCUACGCAAUACGUUCCGCUACUUCCUUGGAAACUUGUAUGACUUUGAGCCAAGCGAGGGCGCACUGGAGAUGACAUCGCUUGAUAGAUACAUGCUUCAUCUCCUUCAUGAGUACUGCGGUCACGUGACCAGAUCCUACGAGGAUUACGAAUUCAGCGAGGUCACAAGAAGGGCUAUGGAUCUAAUUCACAACAAGAUAUCGUCUUUCUACCUUGAAACAGUUAAAGAUAGGUUGUAUUGUGAUAGGGCAGAGAGUGAGCGAAGACGAUCAUGUCAGACUGUUCUUCAUCAUCUGCUAGAGGUCAUUUCAAGGUCAUUGGCCCCCAUAGUCCCACAUCUAGCUGAAGAAGUUCAUCUCCAUCACGCUGGGAAGAAAGAAGGAAGUGUAUUCAAGACGGGCUGGAUAAACCCUGACCCUGAAUGGCAUCAACCUGAUCUAGCUAAACAAUGGGGCGCCCUCACAGUCCUACGAGAGACAUUCCACUGUGCCAUUCACGCUCCUAAGAGCAGAGAGUAUGAUGUCACUAUCUAUACAGAGGAUACUCAUUUGCUUCAUAUUCUCCAGUCACUUCAAGAAGACGAGACAAGCUGUGAAUCAGAUCUCACAGAAUUCAUGAUGUCAUCCUUCACAACAGUCACCAUGGCAACCCCUCCAGUUGAUAUUCCAGAUGGAUGUACGCUGGUUUCUGCAGAGCUUCCAGUGUUGGGUGAAGUGAACAAACAGAUGAUAUGCAGUCUCGUGAUCCAGCCUGCCACUCAUUAUCGGUGCAAUAGAUGUAGGAAGCACACUGCUGAAGAUCCCAACAGACUCUGUGUGCGUUGUACUGCAUCUCUUACUGACGGCUGGGAAUGAGUCUACAAGGCCUCAAAUAGAGCCCAAGUACUGUGCGUGUUGCAGUUAGGCUUUAAAGGCACAUCGACGUCAGUUUCAGUAAACCUGCAAAUAAAUAUAGGAUUUGUAAAGCGCACGUAUCCACCUUGCUAGGUGCUCAAGGCACUCCUAUAUUACCCCGGCUAAGCUAGUCUACCGAUUCUGGUG